CAAGCUCGUUGACCGUUUGAUCACAGGACUACUGUGUCAACCAAGCCAAUGCUGGGAAAGUGUUGCAAUCGCUUAGGGAUACCAACCCAGGAUUGUCUGUUCAGCUGCAGUGCCUCCGGGAGGACCCCUUGGCCAGGAAUCUCGACUUGUCCAGUUACCUUCUAGUACCCAUGCAGCGUCUGACCCGAUAUCCUCUUCUCAUCCGACAAAUUUUGCAAUACACUGACCCACCUGCGCCUUCACUCGAUCCAUCUUCGGCACCGCGCUUGACGUUGUCUCUUCCCACGGAGCACGCGGAACGCGAGUCGAUAGCGAAUGCUCUGGGGCGUGCGGAGCAAAUAUUAGAAGAGGUGAAUGAGACAAUGAGGGAUCGGGAGAGCCGGGCGAGGCUUGGCGAGGUGAGCAGAGAGCUAAGGAUAGGCAAGGAUCGUCUGGACCUCACGCUUCCGACUCACCACCUAGGUCCUCGAAAACUCCUCAAAGAGGGUGUACUGACGAAAGCAAAAAGCGGGCGUAAGCUGCGCGUAAUACUUUGUAGCGAUAUCCUCUUACUCCUCAACGAGUCCGGCGGUGGAGGGUUAUACCGCGUGCCCCUCCCCGUUCACGAACUCGAAAUCUACACCUGCACGAAACCGCGCACGUUCCGACGAUGCCUACAUACGCAUCCAUCGUGCCUACCCUCGGGGUGGAGAGACCCUCGUACUACGUGCUCCAAACGUCCGCGAAGCACGUGCGUGGACAGGAGCAAUCGCACAGGCGGCUGCGAAGGCGAGGGAGGGGAUCAGGGUGGCUGUCAGUGGUUCGCGGGGCACGGAGGUAGGGCUCGGACCUGCCAUUGUUGGUGUGGGGAUGGGACAUGUUGCAGGCGCGGGGACUCCUCGCGGGAGCGCGGAUGUUGGCAAUGGAAAUAUCUGCGUGACCACUGGUAAAUGAUCUACUCGGACCUGGGAUUUUAGGGGAUAUACGGACUUGCCGUCCAUCGAACAGGCUGUUAUCUCGUGCCGGCACUUUUAAAUUGGACAGACUUGGCCCUAUUUUUAUUUUUGGGUUUCACCUACUACAAAUAUUUCGGACUUCUAGGAUUUCGGUGCGUUAGUUUGAGUACCUCCAUCCAUCUCUGUACGCUGCUUUAAGUGGUAUCUUUGUCGACGCAACGGCUAGCACCCUGCU